AUGGCAACGUUUUAUAUUUAUUUAUUUCUCGUAUCAUUAUCAUUAACAAAAUCAUGUGAUGUAUUUGUUGGUAUGUCAUGUACCUGUUAUGAAUCCAUUGAUAUACGUUGUACAAUGUCAAAAAUAGCACCAUUAACAUUAAUGUCAUCAUCUGUAUCAUUAACGAAAAAAUUUGAUUCAAUUGAUUUAAAAUUUGAUUCCGAUGAGAAUAUGGAACUAGAUAAAAAUUAUUUUAUGAUUUUAAAUGAACUUCUUCCAACUGUAUCAAACGAUCCUUUAACAAUUACAUUACGUUUUCAAGAUUUUCGAUCAUUUCAUGCUAAAUCAUCAUCAUUUUCUCAAUUAUAUCAUGGAAUAACAUCUCCACAAAAACGCUUAAUCGUUGAAUUACAUCCAGUAAAAGCAAAAUCAAUUACAUUUGAUCGAAAUAGUUUUGAUAAUCUACAUAUUCAUGAGCUUUCUAUUUUUGCUGAUUCAUUAACAUCACCAUUUGAAUCCAUAUUUAAUAAUGCAAAUAUAACACAUUUAAAUAUUGAAGGUGCAAUUGUCACACAUGAUCCAUUAUUAUUAAAAGACUAUACUGGUAAUAUACAAUCAUUAAAAAUUACUCGAAUGAUUGAUAUUAUUAAUAGUGAAGAAUUUCCACCAUUUCCAGUUAAAUCUUAUACAAUUGAAGCACAUAAAAUGCGAACAUUAGAUGCAUUAUCAUUUAUAAAUUAUAAACAAUUAACAGGUUUAAAUAUAAUUCAACCAGAUGUAUCAAUAACACCAAAGAUUUUAAAUGGUUUAGAAAAUAUUCCAACAUUAAAAUCAAUGUCAUUCGAUGCUGAACGUAUUGCUGAUGGUGCUUUAAAACAUGUUAAACAUAUUGAAACAUUAAUACUUGGUACAUAUACAAAAAUGUUAGAUACAGAAAGUUUAAAUUCUCUUAAAUCAUUAAAACAAUUAGAUGUACGUUAUGUACAAUUUUCUACUUUACAAGCAAAUACAAGUUGUUCUUUAGCUGAUUAUAUUAAUCGUCGACGUAUGAUGGGUUUAACUGUUUAUUUACCAAAUGAAAAUCCAUAUUGUGAUUGUAUUUUAGUUUUUCUUAAUAAUAUGGUUGAUGAUGGUUCACAAUUAAUAAAAUGUCAAUCAGCAAAUAAUGAUCGUUGUUUAUUUUCAUCAUGUUCAAUUGUAUCAGAAUAUUUUACACGUAAACAAAAAGAAGAUAUUGAAGAUCAACAAAAAUUAAAUACACCAUCAGUUAUAACACCAGCACAAUCAUUACCAAUUGUAAGACCAUUUGUACCACCAUUAAUUGAUUUAAAUGAUAAUGAUUCACCAUAUUAUCCAGAUGAAAAUAUAUUUCAACAAGAAGAACAAACAACAACUACUACAAUAAUAAAUCCUAUUGAUAUUAAUAUUUAUGAUGAUGAAGAUGUAAUGACGAAAAGUACAAAUAUUAUUUCAACAACAAAGUUAUUAGUAUUUAAUCCAGAUGAAUCAGAAAAUCAAUUUUCAACACCAGUAAUGAAACGUAUUCAUCCAGAUCCUAAAAAAAAUCAAUCAAGUAAAUACUUAGUUUUAUCAUGGAUACCAUUCGCUAUAAUAGCAGCGUGUCUUUUUCUUUCAUUAAUUAUUGCUAUGAUAAGUUAUGUUAUCUAUCACAAACAACGUACUGCCUCGUUUAAACUUGUCCCACAAGCAGCACCAAUCGUCUAA